UGCGUUCUGCUUACCACGUGCCCAAACGGCUAAAAGUGUUGCAAAACGCCUCCCUUUAGUGCUAUUAUGGUAUUUUUGCGUUUCCCGGAUAAUGAAUUCUGAGGAAAAAGGCAACAAAAAAAAAUUAACUUAAGACCACGAGGACCAGCCGGCGAUAGUGGGUAAAGGAAAACCCAAGAAGGAAUUAGGGAAAAUCUAGGAAAACGGGAGGAUCACUCAGAGAUCAUCACCAGCAUCAUGCCACGAGGAAAGUUUGUCAACCACAAGGGUCGCAGUCGCCACUUCACAUCUCCCGAGGAACUGCAACAGGAAUCGGAGGAGGACAGCGAUCAGACCAGUGGCUCGGGUUCGGAGAGCGAGGAUAAAGUCGGAGCAAGUGGCUCCUCAGCAGCCGGAAAGCCCAAGGCGCCGGCAGCAAGGAAACCCCCGGCAAAUCGACAAAAGCCAAGAUCAGCGGCCGGUGCAGUCAGUUCCUCUGAAUCGGAGUCCGGUGAGGAUUCCGACGAGGACUCGGAAUCGGAAGCCCGCGAUGCCAAAAAGGGCGUGGCCUCGCUCAUUGAGAUUGAGAAUCCCAACCGGGUGACCAAGAAGGCAACCCAGAAACUAUCGGCCAUCAAGCUGGACGACGGUCCAGGUUCCGGUGGAGCGACCAAGCCCGAGUUAUCCCGGCGAGAACGAGAGCAAAUCGAGAAACAGAAAGCCCGCCAGCGUUACGAGAAACUCCAUGCAGCUGGUAAAACCACCGAGGCUAAGGCCGAUUUGGCCAGAUUGGCAUUAAUCCGGCAGCAGCGCGAGGAGGCGGCCGCCAAGAGGGAGGCGGAGAAGAAGGCGGCCGACGGUGGCAACAAAAAGCCCGGCGCCAAGUAAACUCCAUCCCACAGCCUUCCCUCUUCCUUCCGAAACAGAAACAGAGCUCUCAGUCGUGGAAAAAAAAGGAUAACAACCAAGAAACCAACAAACCAACAGGGCUAAAUGGCAAUUAGUUAAGCGUAAAUUAUCCAAUGUAACGUAAACAGUGGACUCACAUUCAAAAUUCUUCAAGUUUUCUAAGCCCCUCUUUUGUAACUGCAAGCUAUACAAAAAUAAACAACUUAUUAUAAA